UAUAUACGUCGCAUUUACGACAAAGACAACAAGAUCGGCCCCAGGGGCAAUACUGAGCAGGAUCAGGCGGAUCUGGAGACGUGGGAAUACCUCUUGUUGACCACCUUGGCUCCGAUGAGUAGCCAGUGCAAUUACCUCCAAAGGUUCCACAACAAGAUCAAGAAUGAUGAUGCACUAGAAAGGUACCAAGUGCAGACAUUACGUUGCUAUGACAUACUGGAAGGACAGCUUUAAAAAGAGCAACGGCGAGACGAUUAUCCCUGGAGGAUACACUCCUGUCGACUGCCACUAUGAGCCAUGGAUUCAUUUGCACGGGUUUGCAGGGUCGACUUUGGACAAGCACCCCCUUAUUACAAAAUGGUUCCAAGCAUUUGGAGAGACGAAGGAAGUGAAAGCUGCACAUAGGAGGAUCAAGGAAGCUGCAGAUCAG